AUGAACCUCACCCACAAGGGUGAAGAGGAAAACACGUCUGUUCCUCGAGAUGACGCCAACGAAGCUUCGGAACAGAACAUCAAACAAAUGUCAUCUUCUCGCUCUGCCCCCCAUGCUAACGAAUCGGAGUUACAUUCCCACAAUCCCUUUAAAUCGGGUAGUGACACUCGCGGGGUGGAUAAGUCCAAUGCAUCGCCCACCUCAGGAAAUGUAACUAAGCAGCAAGGAGAGUACCUCUCCGAUUCGUCAAACAGUCGUAGAGACCCAGUCGAGGGUGCCGAAAAACUUGACAGUUUUGGUCAAGUCGGUAGAGGUCAUGAUGACGCUAUUAUAUCGCAAGAACUAAGAAUGGGUCACCAGGCUGGAAAUGACCAACAUUACUCUACUCAAGAUUCUCGAAAAUACGGCGAGAGUCUGGAAAACAGGUCGGGCCAGGGAUUCGAUGCGCACAAGGCGCAUACUUUUAGUACUACGCUGCCAGUGGAUGCACUAUUGCCUCCUGACGUCAACAAUCUGCCUGCCGCUUCGGCUCCAGAGUCUGAACAGCACAAGAGGGGUAUAUUUGGAAGGAAAAACUCCAGGAGUGCAGCUAACGAAUCUGCUGGACGCGGAUCAAAAGAGCCAGCGGACUCGAAAGCGAGCUCUUCUGUCUUGGAUCCUUUGGGGUUGCGGAACAAGUUCAAUGAACAGAAGAAACAUUUUGGGAGGAAAAGCUCUACCGAUCACGAUGCUGUUGGUACUGCUGCUGGUACCGCGGCUGGUACUGCAGCUACUACAGGUGCUGUUGUUGGAAGUAAAAGGGACUCUACCAAGGAGCACCAUCAACCAGGAUCCCAAGGUAGUGGAUUCCAUCAGCAAUCCCGCGCUGUGAACCCUGAUGACGGUGUACGCUCGGCGAAUUUAACGGCAAAUGCGGGAGAAUUGCAGCAAGGAGCGAGUUUAGAAAGCGGCUAUGAUAAAGCCAGAAACUCUGGAAUCGCUAAUAGACCGCUAGUUCCAGGAGUUGAAUCGGAGUCUAGGCGCGACCAGAAUUUGAAUAGGGAUCAUGUUCAUGUUCCUGGGGAAUUUUCUAACGUUUCUCAGUCUACUUAUCCACCUGAUAAGGGGGCUCCUGGGCUUGAUUGGGAAAGCGAAAAUGGCGAAAAUCCCAAGAAUGAAAACGUUCACGUUUCUGAGAAGACUGCUGCUGCUCCAUCAACGGGCUUCGGCUACUCUCGCAAAGGUCACGAUAAAGGCUUCUUCGCAGAUCCCGGCCUAAACAAAGGCGAACACUUGGGACCAACUGAACAUCACAAAGCAUUGGAUCCAAGAAUUAAGGGCGAUUCGCAGCACGUUAGGAAAAAUGAACCCGCAAUUGCUGCACAUGGUGUCGAAGAGGGCCGCGGUUUUACAAAGGAAAGUAACGCGGGCGCAACACGCGACACCAAUCGCGAAUCUCUCGAAAGAGCGCAUGAACGGUUUGCAACGGCUCUAGACACUUUGGAUCCUAAAGAUCAGGGCAAGUCACCACAUACCAUGAAUCUUGGCUCUGCGCCCUCUGCUCCCGGGGGCGAAAGCUCCCAACAUGCUGGAAACUUGGGGGAUAUCACUGGUGCGUACGGGGGAAACAGUGCGCAAUAUUCCAAAAGGGAACCAGCAUUGGAUGCCUACAGCGGUAAAACUCCUAGGUCCACAGGUAUCGUUGAGCAAUCUUCUGCUGGUCUUGGUGAAAAGCAUUCGCAACAUGCCACGGCUAUAGAGCCCGCCUCUACUGAACAUGGUGAGAAGGGAAUUUGGGUUGCCGGGCAUAAAUUCCCCGUUGGUGGUAGCGGACACGAAGCGCCUAUCGAAAAGGACAACAGACCUAUCGGGCACCAUCAAGGAGAACAUUCUGAAUCCGGUGGCACUGCUAACGUGGCAGCUAAUGUUCCUCAGGGACAAAUGGCUCUUUCACAAGACGAAGAGGCUGGGUACGAAGAAUAUCACCCAUCAGGGUUGGACACAGAGCUAGGGGAUUUAUCGGUAACUGAUGCUGAAAGACGGAGGUCCUCGCUAGCUGAGAGCAGUGACGCUAGUGGAGAACGUACGAGGCCCAAGAGCAGAAGCAUGAGUUUGGGUAACGCUCCAUUUGCUGCUUUAGGCAGAACUCUAUCUGGAAAAUCGCAUGGUCAUGGCGAGGAGCACCGUGAGGAGGAAAGUCCAAAGGAUUCGGGUGAGUUCUCUAAGAUUUCAACCACUUUCAAGGAUGCUUGGGGUGCUAUGACCGGCAGACGCAAGAGUGGCCAUGUUGAUUCUGGUAAACCUGCUGAUCCACACGAUACUGAGAACCGUAACAUCACGAGUCGUGGUUCUAAACAAUGGGAGAUGAAACCAAACCCAUCUGAGAUGAAAGACAAACAUCACGUUGGAAUAACAAGUGCGGAGGAAUACAAAAUUAAGCAUUCCAACGAACUGCAAAAGCCCGACAGCGAUCCAGAUUGGGUCCAGCACGAGAAUGCGUAUGCUCGGCAGGCCGGCAAUCAGCCAAGUCUUGUCGAUCCUUCGGAAUUAACUUACGGUGCCGUUGGAAGAAGAAAGUCAUCAGUCACUGAUGACCACCCUUCCUACACGUCUCAGGUACCCCAAAGUAGACGCAAUGUUUCUGUGGGAUCUGAAUCAGGUGCCGGUCAAAUGACGGAUCCUUCCCAGAUUCCAAUCGAGGAGGAACCAACUUCGACGCACGAUCGUACCCCCCGAAACGCCAACUUUGUUGAGGCGAAAGCAGAACAAAUUGAUGAUCGCAUCAGAAGCAAGCCUCAUGAUCGGCCAGCUAAUGCUGCUGCUGCGUUCACAGAAUAG